GGCGCCCAAAAGCCACCGGCUACCCGCAUAGCCCGCAGCCCACGCCGAGGUGCAGGGAGACUGCAGGGAUCCUCGCUGCCUGAGGGCCUCGAGACGAAGGGAGCGAGGCGGGCGGCGCCGACUCCGCAGAGUCCGGCUCCAGGUUGGACACUGUGUUUUCCGAGCUGCGGCUCAACUGCCUGGGACUUCGACACCUACCGCUCUCGGCUUUCCUGGGGACCUCUCCCAGAGGGCGUGCGGAGACAUGGAGGGCGCAGACCUGGCGGUGAAGCUCCUGUCCACCUGGCUGACGCUGGUGGGCGGCCUCAUCCUUUUGCCCUCGGCCUUCGGAUUAUCUCUGGGUAUCUCGGAAAUCUACAUGAAGAUCCUGGUGAAAACCUUGGAGUGGGCCACGUUGCGAAUUGAGAAAGGAGCCCCUAAGGAGUCAGUUCUUAAAAACUCAGCUUCUGUGGGUAUUAUCCAAAGAGAUGAGUCACCCAUGGAAAAAGGGCUCUCUGGUCUUCGAGGAAGGGACUUCGAGCUCUCUGAUGUGUUUUAUUUCUCCAAGAAGGGAUUGGAAGCCAUUGUGGAGGAUGAAGUGACCCAGAGGUUCUCCUCCGAGGAGCUAGUAUCAUGGAAUCUCCUCACAAGAACUAACAUCAACUUUCAGUACAUCAGUCCGAGGCUCACCAUGGUGUGGGUGCUGGGCGUCCUCAUACGCUAUUGCCUCCUGCUACCUCUGAGGGUUACCCUGGCUUUCAUUGGGAUCAGCUUGCUGAUUAUUGGAACUACACUGGUUGGCCAGCUUCCAGACAGCAGCCUCAAAAACUGGCUGAGUGAACUGGUGCAUCUGACCUGCUGCCGGAUCUGUGUUCGGUCCCUGUCUGGCACCAUCCAUUACCAUAACAAGCAGUACAGACCCCAGAAGGGAGGCAUCUGUGUUGCCAAUCACACCUCUCCCAUCGAUGUCUUAAUCUUGGCAACGGACGGAUGCUAUGCCAUGGUUGGGCAGGUUCACGGUGGACUGAUGGGGAUCAUUCAGAGAGCCAUGGUUAAGGCUUGUCCUCAUGUCUGGUUUGAGCGCUCAGAAAUUAAGGACCGACAUCUGGUGACUAAGAGAUUAAAAGAACACAUUGCUGAUAAGAAAAAGUUACCCAUUCUAAUCUUCCCAGAAGGCACCUGCAUCAACAAUACCUCAGUCAUGAUGUUUAAAAAGGGAAGCUUUGAAAUUGGAGGAACCAUCUAUCCAGUGGCAAUAAAGUAUAACCCCCAGUUCGGCGAUGCCUUCUGGAACAGUAGUAAAUACAACUUGGUGAGCUACUUGCUUCGAAUCAUGACCAGCUGGGCCAUUGUCUGCGAUGUGUGGUACAUGCCUCCCAUGACCAGAGAGGAAGGAGAAGAUGCGGUUCAGUUUGCAAACAGGGUUAAAUCCGCUAUCGCUGUACAAGGAGGACUGACCGAACUUCCCUGGGAUGGGGGGCUGAAGAGAGCAAAGGUGAAGGACACCUUUAAGGAGGAACAACAGAAAAAUUACAGCAAGAUGAUCGUGGGCAACGGAUCUCCCGACCUGGCACUGGACUGAAGCACUGUGGAUACACAUGGCUUCCCAGAACUGGCCUUCAGAAGUGAAAGUUCAUAAUAUUGUUUUGUUGUGUUGGUUUUUUUUGUCUGUUUGUUUAUUGUUAAUUCUUUUCUACUAGAUGAUUGUCUCUGUCUUCAUGCCAGAGGCUGAACCUACAGGUGUCCUUUUUGAUGUUUUUGUUCUUGUGUUGGCUCAAUGAAUUUUAAGGCUGAUUUUUGAGUGGAAACAGAUUUUUAUAAAAUGACGGUGUUGUUGAUUGAAUGAAAUCUUUGUAUGGAGAAAAAGUGCUUCUAGAAUAUGUUUGGAACAUGUUAAUAGGAUAAUUCUCAAUAAUGACUCCAAACCCUGUAAUUUGAUUUUCCUUUCUUUACUCUUUUUUAUUUUUAUUAUUUUUUAAAGACAGGGUCUUAUUUAUAUAGCCCAGGCUGGCCUCAAACUCAACUUAUGUAGCCAAGACUGGCUACGAACUGACUAUCCUGGCUCCACCCACUUCCCACAUGCUAGGAUUACAGGCAUGUGCACCCACACCUCGGUGUUAACUUCAGUACCAUAGUGAGGUCAUCAAUCAUACCAUAAUGCAUUCCCAUUACGGUUACAUUCUGCUACCAGGUUGAAAGAAAAAUGGGGAAUUAUUUUUAGGGAAAUGACAAAUUUGUGGUUACCUGAUCUGAAAGGAAUGGGAUGGAGAUUAUUUUUCCUCAGGUGUUUGAAGACCGGCUGAUGAUUAGCCAGAUUCUUUUAAGAACCGUGUAGAUAGAUGCAGUGCUGAUUGUUUAGAUUCAUUUAAGAACCGCAAGGAGCAGUGCUGAUUGGUCAGAUGUUUGUUCCCACAGCACAUUUCAUCCAGCCACAGUGGAAAAAGCACUGUUAGCUUUUCUUGUUUGUAUGCCAAAGAUUCUCUUUUGUCUCAUGAUUGUUAUUUGUUUUAUUUGUUUUUGUAAUAAAAUGAUUUUCCCCCCCAAGGGAAAGAGCCUAUUAAAAAAAGGAUGCACGAGUGAGCCAUGCCCUACCCCCAACCUCACUGUAGCGUUUAGCCCCAAACGCCCCAGCCUUGUCAGCAGAAAACUAAGUGGUAUAACUACCUUUUGGAAACUGAGCCUUAACAUUUUUUAAAGGGGAAACAAGCAUUCUCCAAGUCCAGUAGCAUGAGCUAUAUUUGAUAGCGAUCCAUUACUGCUCUUGAGGCUGUUAGCUCGAGAGCAACUCUGUAUAGAAAGUGAACUGUCUUACUGACUGAAUAAAUUUUAUAUUUUUAAA